AAUGAAAAUACUCUACUACUGUAUACUUUAGUUUAUACAACUAAAAUUACAUGGAUGACCAACAAAAGCCCGAUGUGAAACAUAUCGGUGAUAUAGUGGGCGAAUGGGGUAAAUGGCAGUUCCGUUUGUUUAUCUUCUGUUUUAUACAGGAGAGUGUUUCGGCUCUCAAUAAUAUGGGCUAUAGUUUUAUGGCAUAUGAUAAUGAUUUUUGGUGCAGUGAUGUCCCACCAGAUUAUCAGGAAAAGACAGCGGAAAUGAAAUGUUUUAAAUUUAAUAAUCUCAACGAAACUUGCAAUGAAUGGCAAUACGAUAGGACACAGUUUGCCAACUCUAUCAACACUCAAAUAACCAAUGGACACGUCGAUAGAGCCGAACACACGCUUAGGAAUGCGUUGAAAGUAAACGGAAAGUCCGACGAGAAUCUUAAAAAACAGUUGACUGAAUUGUCCGCAUAUUUACAACAG